GCUAUCUCUCCUCACCACAUUGUCUUGUGUAUGUGUCUUGGGCACUCCACAUAUCUACCUUGUGUAUGGGUCUUAGGCUCUGCGCAUUUAUGAUGCUCUCAACUGUAGUUGGAUCGUUGCUUCUCACUUGACAGUGUGCGCUAUCGAUACCCUGCAUGAGGCGGUAUUGUGCUGAGGGCUAUCUCUCCUCACUUGCACAAUUGUUCGUAUAGUGCAUGAAGUUUCAGGCUCUGCACGUUAAUUAUGAUGCUCUCAACUGUAGUUGGAUCUUUGCUUCUCAUUUGACUAAAAGCAAUCUUAGAUAUCAUGUACUCCUGUCUUGGUGUUCUGUGUUUUGAAACCAAUAGACACCCGAUGGGUUGGUAUCUAGGUUGUUUAUCAAUGGGCGCUCUCGAUACCCUGCAUGAGGCGGUAGUGUGCUGAGAGUUAUCUCUCCUCACUUGCACAAUUUGUGGUGAUGCUGUUUUCUUAAAGCUCAUAUAUAUUAACAAUCACGCUGUUCUUUUCUAGACCAUGGCGUCCAAUACACAGAGGACGAGACAGAGCAAGCGACGUCGCCAAGCGGAUGAGGAAGAUACUCCAUUGGUGCCGGUGCCAGCACCCGAAGGGGCAGCCCAAAAUCCAACAGGUCCCAAGAGGCAGAAGAAAAAAGUCACUAAGAGGCGCAACGACCAAACGAAUUCGGGACCGAGCGGAACAGACGUUAGUGCUAUGUUUACUGAAAUGAGGACGUUUAUGUCCACCAUGAUGGACAUGAUGGCCAGGACUAACAAUGUUACCACCAGCAAUGCGUCUCUCGGUGCUACUGGAUUACCGCUCAAUAGUACUCAGCCGCAGUUACAGUAUGGUCCGUCUUCGGGGGCGGUAUCGGCUACCACGCAAGGAGUCAUGCAGAACAGUCAGCUUCAGUCGAAUCAGGGUCCGUCGUCGGCAGCAGGAUCUGCAGCUCAGUUGGAAUUGUCAAACCAACGCCAGACAAGCAGCGCCAAUACUAACGGUGAGGGAGAUAUAGGCGAACCGUCGUUCACUGGUAGAGACAUAAAUGGUUCUCUUCUCUCGGUGGCCCGUCCGUUAUAUUACGGUGUCUCCGACAGGAUCAGAGAGAAAGUUUGGGCCGGGAAAUAUGUGGAUUUCCACAAGUUCUUGAAAACCUAUAAGGACAAACCCAAGCCAACUGUCAUAUCAACAGAUGAGGAUGGGGUGCCCAUCUCCUUGUCAUUUGGUAAAGUAACUAAAGACAAGCCUUUGUCACUUAUACAGUGGUUGUCGUGCUUUGAUGUUUUCGCAUCGGUCUAUGGGAUGAAAUUCCCAAAUGAUGUAUAUAAAUUGGUACGGUACUCGGCAUUAGUGAAAGAGAUUGCGCACGAGGGAGGGGAUUGGUGCUACUAUGACGAGAAUUUUCGCAAGUGGCGUCAAGAGGAACCUCUUGACUGGUUGGAAGUGGUACACACCUUGUACAUGAAGGCCCAUACAAGAGGGAGUUCUGAUCUUUCCGCCAGUGACAAAACCAUUUCCGGCGGUAAGAAUCAGCCCUUUCGUGCUAACAAAGCCUCCAACGGCUUACCCAAAGGCACCUGCUUUGUCUACCAAAAUACAGGCAAAUGCAACAGAGGCGCCAAGUGCAAAUUCCAGCACACUUGCGCUAAGUGCAAGGGUAAACACCCUACCUCCAAGUGUUACACCCAAAAAGGCUCUUCAAAGCAAGGUGAUACCACGACCAAAGAACAUUAAUGAUCCAACCCUAAAUAUUAGUGCUUCUCAUUCCGUUCUCCCAUCCCCGGUCAAAGUUAACACCUUGUGUGCCUACCUCUCCGGUUAUGACCCGGUGAAAUUACAUUAUUUGAAGUCGGGUUUUUCUGUCGGGUUUCGUUUACACUAUGCUGGUAACAUGGAAUCCCUCAUUUGUGAAAAUUUAAAGUCGGCAAAGCAACAUAAACAUAUAGUAUCCUCUAAAAUUCAGAAAAAGUACAAGCCGGGCGUAUUGCCGGCCCUUUUGAUAGUCCACCUUUUCAAAAUUUUCAUGUUUCGCCUUUAGGGGUUGUUCCUAAAAAGACCCCUGGUGAAUUCAGAAUGAUUCACCAUCUUUCAUUCCCUGAGGGGUCUUCGGUAAACGAUGGCAUUCCAGCAGAUUGUAAGCAUGUGCAAUACGCGUCUAUUCUUGACGCUAUUGCAAGGAUUAAAACGGUCCCCAACCCAGUCUUUUUGGCGAAAACUGACAUCAAGUCAGCUUUUCGCAUUAUUCCCAUUCAUCCUGAUGACUAUCACUUGCUCGGUUUUACCUGGGAGGGCAAAUAUUAUUACGAUAAGGUUUUGCCUAUGGGUUGCGGUAGUAGUUGCUCUAUUUUUGAAGCGUUGAGUACGGCGUUAGAAUGGAUAGCCAUAAAAAAGUUGCACAUACAAUCUAUGGUUCACAUUCUGGAUGAUUUCCUAUUGAUGGUGCACGGUUUUGCCAACUGCCAACGACAAUUAGGGCUCUUCAAAAAGCUGUGUGAUGACUUAGGUGUGCCCUUAGUUAGUGAGAAGACUUUUGGGCCCGAUAGGGUUAUGCCUUUCGUAGGCAUAGUCUUGGAUACCAUUAAGUUUAAAGCAAGCUUACCGCCUGAUAAAUUACACAAAUGUCACACACAAAUAUCCGGUUUUCAAGCAAG